AUUAGAGUGCCGAUAAGAACUAGGGUUUGACUGGCCUCACUAUACAAAUCCCAUCUACACUCAAACCCUGUGCUAGGGUUUUGCGAUAUCGAUCGGCGGCAAUGGCGGAUGCAGAGGCGACCGGAGUUGUGAUUCGAUUUCACGACAGCAAGGGUUACGGCUUCAUCAAGCCAGACGAUGAAGGCGAAGAUCUGUUCGUUCAUCAAUCGGAGAUCCAAUCUGAAGGCUACCGCAGCCUCCACGAAGGUCAGAAAGUUAAGUUUAUUGUUGUUGAAAAGAAUAAUAAACAACAAGCUGUUAAUGUCACUCCGUUAGAUAGAGAUAGAUCUAGCGUUGAUCGGAACCGUAAUCGUGACCGUAGAGGAUUCGGCCGUACCGGUAGUGGUGCGUACCGGAACGGUGGUGGUGGCGGUGGUGGUGGAAGAGAGUGUUAUAAUUGUGGUGGUGUAGGGCAUAUAUCUAGGGAUUGUAGCAGCAGUGUUGGAGCUGCUGGUGGUGGUUGUUAUAAUUGUGGGGGGUUUGGGCAUUUGGCUAGGGAUUGUAAUGGUGGUGGAGGACGUGGAGAUGGUGGAGGAGGAUGUUUUAAUUGUGGUGAGGUAGGGCAUUUGGCCAGAGAGUGUACCGCCGGUGGUGACGCUGGUGCUCGCAGUUAUUCUAGGUCUGGUGGAGGCGGUGGUGGUGGAGGAGGAGGGUGUUUUAAUUGUGGUGAGGUUGGGCAUUUGGCCAGAGAGUGUACCGCAGGAAGCGGUGGUGGUGGGCGCGGUUACUCUAGGUCCGGUGGUAGUGGCGGAGGAUGUUUUAACUGUGGUGAGGUUGGGCAUUUGGCGAGAGAAUGUACCGCAGGAAGCGGAGGUGGUCGCGGUUCUUCAAGGUCUGGUGCUGCUGCUGCUGGUGGUGGUGGUGGUGGUAACUGCUACAACUGUGGGGAACCAGGGCACUUUGCUCGGGAAUGUCCGGCUGCUUAGUGAUUGGUUAACUAACAAAAGCUGUUUUUUUCAAAACUGCUGCUGCUAUAUUUGGUUAAUUAGUCUUUAGUUUUUUUUUGUUAAUUCAUUGGAAGAACAUUCUAGUGGUGUGUUGGGGUUGUGUUACAAUCCUAUAAGUAUAUUUAGGGGCUGGUUGUUAGUCUCAGUUUUGUUCUUGGAAUUUGAAGGUCAUCCAAUCUAUUUUGGUUUAGUUUUGUCUUGUACUCGAACCAAACAUAACAUAUGCAAAAUUCUGAUGAUUUCUUACUUGGUUUUUCAUAUGCGAUCGAA